UCCGGCGUGUAUAUAUGUGUGCGCGCGCGCACGUUGCGUCUGCGUUGCUGCUGAUGAAAGCCUGAUCCUCUCUCUCUCCUCUCCUCUUUCUCCCUCCUGCUUCUCCUCCGUUUCAGUUUGAGUAUCGACCUCCUUCACGCAGCAUCUCUGCUCUCCAUCCUCCGUCUCCACCCUCCUCCUCCUCCUCCUCCUCCUCCGCUGCCGCCGCCUCAGCCUCAGCGCCGCUUCCUCUGCAGGUGGAUGGAGGCUGGAAGCCCCGGAGACACGAGCCAUGCACGGGAACCGCUGCUGUCAGACUGCUGAGCACCUCCCUUCGCGCCGGGGACCACAUCCUUAAAUGACCCGCGGCUGAGGAGGGGGUGUCUCCGGAUCCAGCGCCCGGAUCAUGGCAUGCUGCCCACACCGGGCAUCCAGCACUGACCAUGGGGCUCCGGUCCAGGACCGUCGCUAGCGGCUCGGAGGAGCAGAAGAAGACCUCCGGCGCUCCUCCCGGGGACUUAUUGGACCAAGGCACCGGGGGAGCGGACAAGGAUGGCGCCCUGCUGCUGGUGGCUUCGGGUCGGGAUGACUUCAAGCGGGGCUCUCAGGGCAUCGGCAUCGGGCUGCUCGCCAAGACCCCCCUUAACUACACCCGGCCGGCCAAGAGGAAUAACAUCCGCAAGAGGAGGAUCCAGAACCUGCUCUACGACGCGCUGGAGAGGCCGAGAGGAUGGGCGCUGCUCUACCACGCGUUCGUGUUUCUGAUCGUUCUGGGCUGUUUGAUUCUGGCCAUACUGACAACAUUCAAGGAGCACGAGAAGGUGUCUGCACACUGGCUGGUCAUACUGGAAACCUUCGCCAUCUUCAUCUUCGGAGCAGAGUUUGCACUGAGGGUCUGGGCUGCAGGAUGCUGCUGUCGCUACAAAGGAUGGAGGGGGAGGCUGAAGUUCGCUCGCAAACCGCUCUGUAUUCUAGACAUCUUUGUGCUGAUUGCCUCGGUGCCGGUGGUGGCGGUGCGUAACCAGGGUAAUGUGUUGGCCACGUCCCUGCGCAGCCUGCGCUUCCUGCAGAUCCUGCGGAUGCUGCGCAUGGACCGGAGAGGAGGAACCUGGAAGCUGCUGGGGUCCGCCAUCUACGCUCACAGUAAGGAGCUGAUCACAGCCUGGUACAUCGGCUUCCUGUCUCUGAUCCUGGCGUCUUUCCUGGUCUACCUGGUGGAGAAGGACGACGUCUCCAUGGACGUGUCCAACCAUGAAAACCCCACUGCUCAGCCCAAACCGCAGGACUUCGACACCUACGCCGACGCACUGUGGUGGGGGCUGAUCACACUGACCACCAUCGGCUACGGGGACAAAACCCCAAAGACGUGGGCUGGGAGACUGUUAGCCGGCACUUUCGCUCUGAUCGGAGUGUCCUUCUUCGCUUUGCCUGCAGGGAUCCUGGGCUCAGGCUUGGCUCUGAAGGUCCAGGAGCAGCACAGACAGAAGCACUUUGAGAAGCGCAGACAUCCAGCCGCGGGGCUCAUCCAGUCUGCUUGGCGAUAUUAUUCCACCAAUCCAAUCAGGGAAGACCUUAUUGCCACUUGGAGAUUCUAUGAAACUGUCAUCUCUCUUCCCUGUUUCAGGAAGGAUCACUUGGAGGCCAUGGCGAGCCAAAAACUGAGUUUACUUGAGCGUGUUCGUCUUCCCAAUGCACGGCCAUCAGUUGGGACAGGCAAGAGGCUCACAGGUAACGCCGACUCCAUCGAGGAAAGUCCCUCCAAGGAGCCAAAACCUGCCGGCUUCAGUAACCGGGAACGCUUCCGCACCGCCUUCCGCAUGAAGGCCUACACACUCCGCCAGAGCUCUGAAGAUGCCGGAGCCCUGGCAGAACCAGCCUUAGAGGAGCGGGGCUUCCCUGCAGACAUCCUCAUGGAGGAGAUGAUCCCCACACUUAAACUGGUCAUCAGGGCAGUCAGGAUCAUGCAAUUCCUCUUGAACAAGAAGCGGUUUAAGGAAACUCUGAGGCCUUACGAUGUCAAAGAUGUGAUCGAGCAGUACUCUGCUGGACACCUGGACAUGCUCUGUAGAAUAAAAUACCUCCAGACAAGGAUCGACAUGAUUCUUGCCCCUGGACCCCCCCUCACCCCUAAACAAAAGAAAACUCAGAAAACACCCUUUACCUAUCCGCCCAAUCAGUCACCCAGGCAUGAGUCCUACAUAGCCAAAGCCGCCACCAUGCCAGAUGCCGAAGACCAAAGCAUGAUGGGUAGAUUUGUGAGGGUGGAGAGACAGGUGGAGGACAUGGAGAAGAAGCUAGACUUCCUGGUGGACAUGCACAUCCAGCACACUGAGCAUCUGCAGGUAGACUCUGCUGGCGCCGCCCACAUGACCCUGGAGGCCUGCGACCCUACGGGGAACGGUGAGAUCCGGCGGGUUUUCUUCAACUACGCUGAGGCGUUCCCGCACAUGUCAUACCAGAUGCCUGUAAGCAAAGUGAAUCUGUAUUAUGGCAGAGGAAGAGGAGGUGGAGAGGGGUUGGCUGGUGGAAGUCACGUACCUCCAGACCAUCAACCCCCAGCGUCACACCUCCACCAACGCCACCCUCCAGCUGCCAUUCCCACCUACACCGAGCGUCCCACAGUGUUGCCCAUCAGCUCCCUGCAGGACUUGUCAACAGGGCUGGGCAGGACCACAGGGGGGCGGGGGGGCGACUCGCCGCUUUCCCUACUAUCGGUGAACCACGAGGAGCUGGAGCGCUCGCCGAGCGGGUUCAGCAUCUCUGGGGAGCGGGAGGAAGGGGGGGAAUUUUCAAUGGGGGCCGGGAUGGCAGCCGGGGACGCAAGCUGGACGAGACCCAGACCGAGCUACCUGGCAGAGGGGGAGACAGACACAGACACAGACCCCUUUACACCCAGCGGGGGGCCCCUGCCACUCUCCUCCACAGGGGAGGGAUUUGGUGAUGCUGUGUGGAAUACGCCGCCUUGAGAGGUGUUCAUGUGACCACACAGAAAUCCACAACUCUGAGUUAAGACCUUAAAUCCAACCUACGCCUCUAAACCCAAAUCAGUUUGGGUCAAAGCCGCACCUCUGGACCAAACCAUUUGGAGGAAAGGUGGGUCUAAUCUGCCUAGAUGCUGCAAGGUCAUGAGCGAGGUCAUCGACCUUCAGAGGCCAACGCCAAUCUCACCAACCGUCCAGACAGAGAGCCAUGGCAUUGAGACUGCCCAGAAAAAAAGGGAAAACAGACAGUUUGUAAAGUAAAACUCUGUACAGCGCACUCUUCGCAAAAAUUUAGCUAAAAUAAAAAAGAACAUUAAUAUACAUACUAUAUACACCCAAAAGCUUUAUCGCUGCAAAGCCAACCGCACUGCAUGUAACGCAUGCGAUUUUUAGUGUAGACACUGCAAAGUUCAGGAUAUCAGGAAACGGAAAAAGCGAUUGAAUGGAUACAUAUACUUGCUAUGCCAUUUUGUAACACUUAUUUUUUUAUAUGAAGACAUUUUCAUCGUUUUUUGCAUGGUUUGCAUGAUAAUGCACCAUUGGAGGGGUGACGGUUGGAGGGUGAUAAUGGAACCAAAAGUCUCCUGUCUCUUUGUUUUGUAUGUGUGAUGAGUAUGUGUGGAUGAGUGUGUGAGAAAGGUUGUGAAUGAGAGAGAGAAAGAGGGACUUGGGUAACAAAACACUGGUUAGUUGCUGGCAGUCGUGUUUCACCACUUUUUGCUUUUCUCACGUUGUGCUGUAAAUCCUCCGAGGAUCAGUUCUGUUCCAAACCAGAACUUCUGAUCCCAUCACUUUGUCUUCACACCACUGUGCUCUUGAGUUGUAUGUCACCACAUUAUGCAUACAAACUUUCCAGUUCAAAAGAAGUUAAAAAUUUAACAGAAUUUGAAACACUAAAUCUCUGCUGCUUUGUUGGCACAUGAAUUCAGGGAUAUAAACCGCCUGUGUGUCUGCGUCUGACUUCAGUUUAUCACUGCUUAAAGAGAAUAUUACCUAAAUGAUUUACAUUUGUUAAAGCAAAAGACAGUCGCUAAAACACUAAUAGGUACCUAUAUAGAGGAAAACGUUUUAAAUUGAACACUAAUAUUUUACUUUAUCACACAGUGUUUUACGUGCCGAACUCCACCACCUGGCACCUGAGUACAAUAACACAACCAUUUAAAGAAUCUGAUUUUAAACAUAUAGUUGAAAAUUGGCCCAAAACAGCUCAAAUUCUAAAACUGCAGAUAAAUUGUUGAAGUUGUUGCAUGAGGCAUACAAAGCCAAGGUCUCACUGAAAGUUUGUUGUCAAAAGUAAAGGGUAACUUUGGUAUGUUUUUGGUCUGGACCCUAUUUUCCCAUGUGUUUGUGUCUAAGUGACAAAUGGGAACAAACAUUUUUUAAAUUGGUCUAGUAUUGAGGAGAAACCAAACUUGACUGGCAGCAGUGUAACCACUUGGGGCAGUCGUGCAUCAUCAAUUUACGUCCAAUAAAAGUACUUGUUUUGGCUAGCGACAGGCUCAGAUUGUUAUUUUAAGUGUCUGACAACAUUAUAGAAACGAUCCCUGCAGAGAUAGACAUUUUUGUUACAGAGUAAGAUUCUUUUUGUUUAACCAGAAAUAGCCCCAAAAGCACCAUCGCCCAACCCACCAGAAUCUAUUUAAAUGAACAUUAAUUUAAUCAUCAUACAACACACUUCAUUUGAAGUCUUUAGAAAGUAAUAAAAUCACAAAAGCUGUCUUGGUUCUUCUUUCCACUGUUCCAACAAUCACCAACUGUGGUUUGGUUGAAAUAAACCCUUAAUUCACCCAGUUAGAUGUGAACAUAUGCUGGUUCUGUACAUGCUAAAGUUACUGUUUAUUUAAAUGGAGUCUGGUGGGUUUGGCAGUGGUGAUUUCAGGGCUGUUUCUGAUCUGUCUCUGAAAAGAUCUUUUCCAUAAUGUUAACAGACACAAUCUGAAUCUGUCAGUAGCAGUAACAGGCACUUUUAAGCCCCUUACCCACUGCACAAAAACUCACCAACACCUGCUCUCUAUUGAUUUUUAAUCUGUUGUCUGGCCCAUCCAUGACAUUGAAGGUGAUACAAGAAGAAAUUAAAAAUAAAACAGAAAGGUGUACUUGUCUACCGUAGAGCCGUGUAUAUGGCUCUGGUUUGUUAUCAGUGGGAAAGUAGUUUAUGGCCUGUACGAGGGGUUUUGUGGAAAAAAUAGUUUUUCUAAUUAGUCUCUACAAAAAAAAAGGUCCACUUUGAAACAUACCAAAGUUUACCGUUAAGAGCUUAAAUAUCAGAAUAAUGACAAAAAAGGUCAAACUUUAGAUGGAAUUUCUACAGCAAAUGUCAUCCACUCAUCUAAGAGAGCUGGAAUAAACGUGUCCAUGAGCCAGUGUUUACAACACAGCUCAACAUCUCUGAAGAUCAGCAUCAGAUGCCGAAAAUCAGUUAUGGACUUUUGAUUAUAAACAGAACCUGUUUACAAAACUGACUUCACAUACUUUUCUGUCCAAUAACAAGUCUUUUUAAUAAUGCAGCUUAAAAACACUCAUCUUCAUAAUGUGCUUUUUUAUCGAAAUUUCUUCACAACAAACACAAAUUACUGUAUCAUCCACGGCUGCACUGCGAGCAACUCAAAUGUCCAGUUAUGAACACAAACUCACGCUGUAAGCAACAACACCACAUACUGAAAAGACUGGGGAGAUGUGUAGAAAUACCAGUAAGCUAUUGGCUGACGAGGCGGAGCUUUCUGAUGAUACAGACGCUGAAACGAGACGAGUCUGAGCACCACAAAAAGAGCUUUACAGCAGAUCACAUAUAGGCCUCAACAGCAUUUACUACUUUAGAUUUAGAGCCACAAUGAUACUGAAUGUAAUAUUUGACAACCAACUAUAUCUACACACGGAUUAUUACACAGUUAUAGCAUGUUACAGCACCUUCAGAGUCCGAUUUUAAGAGGGGCCUCCACACCAGGCUUCAACAGUGGUUUAUGGGAACCUGCUCAGAGUGCGGUCACAUCUGCUGUGUGUUUAGUUUAAUCAUCAGGAAAGUGGAGUUUUGUACUGGUUUGUCUAAGUUAAAGCCAGAGGUCUGCAACAGUAAGUUAAAUGGUCAUUAGCCAACAACAACCAGAGAAAACCACAGUGAUGAGUACAAACCUGUCAUGUUGCAAUGUCUUUAAACUGCUGUUCGUGUCCUUUGUGAAACCAAAAGACAGAGUUGAGUUAUUUUAACUUAGAAACUUGCGUCAGAUUUGUAACGCAAGUUAACUUACAUACGUAACUUAAAUGAGUACUUUGCCCUCAGAAUGACCUCUAGUAUUUCAAUUUGUCUCUGCAUAACCUUGAAUGCCUGCACAACCUGGUCUCACUCCAAAGUCUCGUCGAAUACUGGAGCUUGGGCAGUGGCUACAUCAGACACCAAUGAAAGAAAGUCCUUUCACGUCAGCAUGAUAUGCAGCCGGUCGCCUUUAUUGUGUAACAGCACCUGGCGGCUUCAGGGGGAAAUGCAGCAACACAAAGAUGUAAGUUAAGGGGGUGAAAGUCAGAGUAGGGCAGGUGGGAGUGGUGGUGGAUUGAACCAACAACCACUGGCUUUAACCCAGGAGGCUGGUAUUUGCUUCCCAUGUGUUUGUAAAGCCUAAUCCUGUUUGUUGUUUACCUAAACCCAAUCCAAGUUUCAACAACAAAUGUGCAUGGUAACAUUUUAGCCAACACAUGCACGUGGUAUGAUUUAGGCAACAAAAGCACAUGGUUAGGUGUAGGAAAGAAGAACAGGGUCGUGGUUGUUGGACCUAUCCACUUUUGUCCCCUAACUUGCAUUGCUGUCUGUGUUUCCCCUGAACACCGCCAGGCACCGUUACAGAAUAAGGGCAACAUCAUGCUGACUUGAGGAUGGCUUUUUCAACAGUGUCUGACGCCAGAAGUCACUGAAGAAGCGGUGGUAUCUGAAUACUUCAGAAUGAGACCGGGUUGAUAAAUGAGACUCAGAUUAUACUGCACAAGUUGUGUGAGAGUUUGUGAACAGAUUUUCUGAUAAAGUUUUGUUGCUGUUAAACGCGGUCCCCAGUGACUUCAGGUCAUGAAGAAUGUUUGCCUUUUUUGGAUUCUUCGUUCACCAUGGAGGCAUACAAAAAAAAAUGAAUUCAACAACCUAUUCUGUCAUUUAGGUAUGAGGAAGCAUUGAGUGCUCCUUCAAAAUAGAUGUUGGUUUGUAAGAGGAAAUCUUAAAUGACCCAGCAUUAUUUAAGUGGGAUAACACACAACAAGAUGUAUUGAUUUACAAAUAUAACUGGAAGAGGCGGUGACGAAGAAUGUUGACACUAGCUAUGUUUCCAUCCAAAAGUGAUUCGAAUCAUUGGGAAAUGCGCAUUAAAAGAAAUACGAAUCCUGUGUGUUUCCAUUAAAUGUACGGACUUUGGUGAAAACUACGAACUCGCACGAGUUUUCCGCAGAACCGGAAACAAAACAAGUCUCGCAUUCUUCUUCUUCUACGUUUUCUGGCAGUUGGCAACCAGCUUGUAAAUGCAUUACCGCCUUCCCGACCCGGAGUGUGGAUAUCACCAUAGAGAGAGGUGCACUACGUCAGACUUAGUUCGAACAUAACUGUUUCCAUCCCGCGAUUUGUGAAUCAGCAUUUUUUCGAAUCAACCAAAACCCGGCUAAAGCGAGCAUAUUUUAGUUUGUGCAAAUCAGGGGAUUUUAAUUCGAAUUUUGGCGUUUCCAUCAUAAUUUUCCGAUGUGAUACUUCUAGAUGCACAUCUAAAUAGGCUGAUGGAAACAUGGCUACUGUUCUUUUGUAUUUCAGGACAUAUUGUAAAUUAUCACCUUCUUUUAUUAUCACCCCAACUUAUCACAGGCAAAGAGAGAAACUGUUCAAACCAAGCAGAAAACUCCGGUGCUACAAAUAAAGCCAAAAAUUGCAGUUCGCUGACUGUCCACUUGAGGCCAGCUCCUGGAGCCAGUUGAUCCCCACAGACCCUCCAUGUUAAAAUGCCCAACUUUACAGCAGAAAUAAACAUGUUUAGAGCCUGGUCCCAAACAACGAUUUUGAACUCUAUACCUUCUUUUGGUUUAUUAAAGUUAUAGCACAAUUAAGGGCGGGCCAGUUUGAGCAACAGGCUGUGCCGAUAGUGUCCUCCAUUAGUGGUUCUCGACUGGUGGGUUACAGUCCAAAAGUGGGUUGCAGGUUCAUUCUGAAUGGACGGCAAGUGACGCGCAAAUGUGUCAAUAUUGUAAAAAUCACACUUUAUUUUUUAUUACAGUGAAUUUCCAACAGAGAGGUUUUCCUACUGAGUGAGUGACUAACGGACAGCCGCUUGACAGAGACAGCAAACUAGCUCGACGUCAUGGCCAAGUAUGACGCCGAAUGUAUAAAACUGAGGAAGGUACGACUAACAUGAAAUCUGGACCACGUAGCUGGACGAGUUGGGAACAACCGUCCUUGGUAGCGACGGCCAAAAUACCAAACUUGAGGCAUCAAAACAGGAGUCCACAAACCAUAGGGUGACAUCACGCUAGCUACGUCCAUUAUUUUUACAGUCAGAGGUUGAAACCGUCCAUUUUUAAAGUCAUUUUAAGAGAUCAUUGGGUCAUGGUUACGUGCAGUUGCCUUUAGGGCUAAUCUAAAAUUAUCGUGUUAAAUGAUUUUAACGGGAGUCUUUACCCAUGGCUGCGGCUGGUGAUCGUUGCCCUGUAAUGGUGCCUGCUGAAUGGGUUCUACCACAAAGAACAAUGCAGAGCGGUUUGAUAAAACAUCUCAAUUUAAUCACAAACUUACCUGACUUUAUCUGAAUUGUCUGAAUGAGGCAAACUCCACCCGCCUUGUGCAUCGAGUAGGUUUAAACAAGCACUCAGAUUGAAGCCCAGUGUGGACGCAGCUACAGUCUGUGAGAUGAACGAGGUGAACGGACACGUAUUAUUAUUAUUAUUAUUAUCUAUUUAUCUUAUUGUAUUACAGUUACUAUUACUUACCUUCUGCUACUGAAGCCCAUUCAAUUAUAUAUUAUAAAAAUAAAUUAUCUUGCAAUGCGGACACAAAUUGUCACCACAUAUAGAUAUAACAUGAUGAUAUAUCCCUGUAGACAUUCAUUCAUCGUGCCUCUGAAGCAAGAAACAUCACUCAGAAUGGCUCCACAUCGUCAUUCUGUAUUUAGUGUUUCAGUGCCACUCCAUCUCACCACACACCAAACACACCACACAGGAUUUUAUGAAUGUGAACUCUGUUUCCUUCCGUAGUGAUCUGUCUUUUUUUAAAACUAGCACACCGUGCAGUCUUGCUUUUGUAAAAUGCUGUUUUGUAGCUUGAUGAUGCUUUUGGCUCAUUCACUGAACAUGAUUUCAGCUGCACAGAAAUGUAAAGGUUGCAAUGUUUCACUUCUCGUUUGUUUCUUUUAUUUUAUAUCAAAUCAAUGUUUAACUGUUGCGUCCGUUCACAGCGGAGUUGAUCGUGUUUUAACGUCAGAAAGAACUCACUCUCCGAACUCAUUGAACACCAGUGUUUUUGUUGCCUCGCACAUCAAGUUCCAUUUACAGGAAAAUACAAAACUGCUUCCAGUUGGAAUUUAAACUCCUAUUGCUUCCUUUCUAAAUUAACAUGCAUGUAUCAGUUUGAGAACAUCAAUGGAAAUAACAAUACAGCAGCAUUGGUAUAUUUGUAUUUACACCGGCAAAUUACUGUUAAAUUUAACAUUCUAUAUUGUGAAUUGUUAAAACUUUACAAAUUGUCUUCCAAGACACCAAGAUACACUGGGAAAAAGUGAUGCUAGCAAACACUGAAAAAGUUUUUCAAUUAUAAUUUAUUACUCAAAUAAACCUGAAGUUUUUCUCCUCAGGAAUUCAGACGCUAUUAAUGAGUUGAUGUUCACAAUAAAUACAUAUUUUUAAU